CCCUUCUGGCUUAAUUCCAGUUUUCUCUGUGCGAGUUCUUGGUUACAUUAAAAGCCACUGGGUUUGUUUGGUAUCAAAGAAUUAAUAAAGAAAAAGGAAAAAAAGAAUUGAUCAAGAUUGAAGCUCGAAAUCAAUAUUAGGGAUUUCAAUCCCCAAAAUUUCAAACCUCUUUUCCAUGGAUGCUGACGACGACGAAUCUCCACGCAAACAUUCUCCUGCACUCCAACACCACACAGUAACUGCCGCAGAGCUCCCAACCACAGUGCUACAAUGCGACGCCGGUGAAUUAAACAAGCCGUCGCCGGCCUCCGGUGAAAACGACGAGGUUGCUACCGCCGGGGAGUUUAGUGAGGUAGUGGAUACGGGCACGAGCAUGGAGAAUAGAGACGAAGAGGCAGAAGUUGUGGAAGAGAAAGAUACGGUUGUUAUGGAAGCGGCAGAGAAGACGGAACUGUCUGAAGUUGUAGGUCUUGCUGCUAAGAACUUGGUUACUGAUUUGGCUAGUGAGAGCCACGAAAUGGAAGUUAUGAAAGAAACGCGUGACGAGGUUUCUGUUGAGGAAAGCUUGGAAGAUGAAACUGUGGAGCGAAAUGAUGAGGAGGGAAACGAUGUCACGGAUGUGGAGGUGGAACUGAAGACCGAAGAGGUGAAUGUGAUUGGCGGAGUCGAUGGAAAUCACACUGAAGUGGAGGAAGAGGAAGAUGAUGAGGAGGUAGCAAAUGGAACUGAUUUGGUAGAGGAAGAAGCAGAUGCUGCUACUUGUAUUGUGGAAGAGGAAGAUACAGAGGAGCAAAGUAGAAGUGUUAGUGGUGGUGGCAAGAGGAACCGUGUGAAGAAUUCUAAAACUACAGGGAGAGUUCCAUCUAGGAAAAAGACGGAAGAGGAGGUUUGUUUCAUUUGCUUCGAUCAUGGGGGUGAGCUUGUGCUUUGCGACCGCAGGGGAUGCCCGAAAGCUUAUCAUUCUACAUGCGUUAAUCGGGAUGAGGCCUCUUUUAGAGCCAAGGGUAAAUGGAAUUGUGGUAGGCAUCUUUGCAGCAAUUGUGAGAAGAACGCUUACUAUAUGUGUUAUACAUGUACAUUCUCUUUGUGCAAGGGAUGCAUCAAAGAUGCUGUUAUUUUAUGUGUUCGUGGAAACAAGGGCUUUUGUAAGACAUGCAUGAGAACUUUAAUAUUGAUUGAACAGGAUGAGCAGCAGGGAAGCAAAGACUUGGGACAACUGGAUUUUAAUGACAGAAACAGCUGGGAGUAUCUCUUCAAGGACUAUUACUUAGAUCUAAAAGAAAGGCUGUCUCUAACAUAUGAUGAAAUUUCUCAAGCUAAAAAUCCAUGGAAGGAAUCUGAGAUGUUUCCUGCUGAACUGGAAUCACCUGAUGAAAGUUUUUAUGCCAAUAAUGAUGAAGGAUCACAUUCAGAUAGCUCCUCUGAGGAUGUAUAUUUGAGUACUUCUAAAAGAAGAAAGGCCAAGAAACGGUUGAAGUCCCGUUCCAAAGUAAGGGAUUCAGAUAGUGCAUUGACAGUGAAUAGAGCAGAAGGGUCAGCUGCAGAUGACAGCUCUGAGUGGGCAUCAAAUGAGCUUUUGGAGUUUGUUAUGCACAUGCGGAAUGGAGACAAAUCUGUUUUGUCUCAGUUUGAUGUGCAGGCUCUUUUGCUAGAGUACAUUAAGAGAAAUAAGCUUCGAGAUCCUCGCCGAAAAAGUCAAAUCAUUUGUGAUGCAAGGCUUCAAAAUUUGUUUGGUAAACCAAGAGUAGGACAUUUUGAAAUGUUAAAGCUUCUUGAAUCCCAUUUCCUUCUAAAAGAGGAUUUCCCGGCUGAAGAUCUGCAGGGCAGUGUUGUCGAUACUGAAGUUAGUCAGUUGGAAGGUGACGGAAACUUUGAUUCAUAUUUAAAAACUGGCAAAGAUAAGAGACGUAAAACUCGUAAAAAGGGUGAUGAGAGAGGACUCCAAUCUAAUGUUGACGAUUAUGCAGCCAUUGACAAUCAUAAUAUUAAUUUGAUUUAUCUAAGACGUAAUUUGAUGGAAGAUCUACUUGAAGAUACAGAAAAGUUUCAUGAUAUAGUUGUUGGUUCUUUUGUCAGAAUAAGGAUUUCUGGUAGUGGUCAGAAGCAAGACUUGUACAGGCUGGUUCAGGUUGUAGGUGUAUGCAAAGCAGCAGAGCCAUAUAAAGUUGGUAAAAGGAUGGCAGAUAUCUUGCUAGAAAUCUUAAAUUUAAACAAGACAGAGAUUGUAUCGAUUGAUAUCAUCUCAAAUCAGGAGUUCACAGAGGAUGAGUGCAAGCGUCUCCGCCAGAGCAUAAAGUGUGGCCUCAUAAAUCGGCUGACUGUGGGUGACAUUCAGGACAAAGCAAUGGUGCUUCAAGCAGUCAGAGUAAAAGAUUGGCUAGAAACAGAGAUAGUGCGACUAAGUCAUCUUCGUGACCGAGCUAGCGAAAAAGGGCACAGAAAAGAGCUCAGAGAAUGUGUAGAGAAAUUGCAGCUUUUGAAAACACCUGAAGAACAACAACGUAGAUUGGAGGAAAUUCCAGAAAUACAUGCUGAUCCAAACAUGAACCCUAGUUAUGAGUCUGGAGAGGAUGAAGAUGACAUGGAUGAUAAAAGACAUGAAAACUACAUGAGACCUAGAGGAUCUGCAUUUGGUUGGAGGGGGAGAGAAAUGGUUUCUCCUAGAAGUGUUUCUAUCACAAAUGACUAUUGGAGUGGAGCAAGGAAUCACCCUAACUUGAAUCGGGAACUAAGCAGAAAUUUGUCUAAUAAGGGAUUUCCAAUCAAACGCGAUGAUCUUUCAAAUGCUAGUGAGGCAUUAAAUGCUCAAUAUUUCCAGGGUAGAGAUAGGGAAUCACAACUAUCUAACAGCUGGGAGAGGCCAAAGCUAUCUUCAAGCUUUGAAAGUGGUUCUAGAAAUACCCAGCCUGUGGUAACAUCCGACUCAUUUUCUACUGCUGUGUUAGAAGUUCCUACAGCACCAUCUUCUACCGGAAUAGCACCUCCGGUUGUGAAAAUUAAUGAAACAGAAAAGAUGUGGCAAUAUCAGGAUCCAUCUGGAAAAAUUCAAGGACCAUUUUCCAUGGUGCAGCUUCGUAAGUGGAAUAGCACAGGAUAUUUUCCUUCUGAUUUGAAAAUUUGGAGAAUCAUAGAGAAUCGAGACGAGGCUAUACUCUUAAAAGAUGCCUUUGCUGGAAAAAAUUUUAAGGAAGCAUCGGUGGUGGAUAAACUUUUUCCAAAGGCUCAAACGGUGCAUGGUUUGCAUUACUCAUCACCAUACUCUGGGAAGUCUCAUUUGGCUGCUCAAGGUAUAGAUGGUCAAGUUGAAGGAAAACCUACAUUUGAUCAAAAUAGUGGAUCUUUGAAUUCACACAGUAUUUUGGGUUCUUCGGGUCAAAUUACAGGAGGAAAUUGGAGAUCUAAAGAUGAUAUGAAUUCUUUAACUAGCAGACCUUCUCCAUGGGCAGUUGAGAUCCCCCAUAAUCCUGCAGAUGGAUGGGGUUCUGAUGCUUCUGUUAGAAAUGAAUCAACAAAUCUUCCAUCACCUACCCCUCAAGUAGCAGCAGUGGCACCUGCUCUGGCUUCAGGUGUUGACAUUAAAACUGCAGGUGCGAAUGUGCAAAACCUGGUUGUGAGCAGUCGUAACUCUCAUGCUGAAGCUCAAGGUUGGGGAUCUGGUUUGGCUCCAAAGCCAGAACCGCAAAGGAUAGAACCAAAUAAUCCUGCUACGAUGCCUACCCAGCCGCUGUCCCAUGGUCACUUGGGUGAUGCUUCAUCUGUCCAGAACUCUGCCUCAUUUAGCACAAGAAAUCCAACUGGGAAUUUCCCAAUGCCUGGCUUUCCAGGCAUGACUACACCUGAUCCUUGGAGACCACCAACUUCAAGUAAUCAGUCAAACAUUGCAGCUCCUGCUCCACCCAAUAUACCUUGGGGCAGCAAUGUUGCAGAAAAUCAAAAUACUGGUUGGGGAGUAAUGCCAGGAAACCCGAACACUAGCUGGGGUGGACCUUUACCGGCAAAUGUGAACAUGAACUGGAUGCCUGCACAAAUGCCAGCCCCUGGAAAUGCAAAUCCUGGAUGGGCUGCUCCAAGUCAGGGGCCAUCUCCAGUAAAUGCAGUUGGCUUGGGUGCACCUGGUCAUGGACAUACACAUGUAAAUGCAAAUGCAGGUUGGGUUGUGCCUGGUCAAGGGCCAGCACCUGGAAGUGCCAAUCCUGGUUGGGCUUCAUCUGCUGGGAAUCCAAGCAUGCGGGGAAGUGAGCAUAGUCAUGCCAGAGAUUCUGGUUAUGGAGCAGGGAAACCUUGGAACAGGCAGUCAUCAUUUAGCAGUGGAGGAAGAGGAGGGGGUUCUUCGAGGCCUCCCUUUGGUGGGCAAAGAGGAGUGUGCAAGUUCCAUGAGAGUGGACACUGCAAGAAGGGUGCUUCCUGUGAUUUUCUGCACCCUUAGAGUUGUAGGGCAGAAUAGUAGCACAGAAACAUCUUACUGUACAGUAUUUCCCCAUUACAUGGCCUAACAUUGUAUAAGGAUGCUUUAUGUAUGUAGAACUUGUGCAUUGUAGCAUCUCAUGUAUUUUUGGCCGUUUAUUCUCUAGUUUUUUAGAGUUGACUGGGUACAGAAGUGGAGACUUUAGAUUGACCAAUAAUGACAAAGACGGUUGAGUGAGGCUAUAAUUUUUUAUUGUGGGAAAGCAUUGAAAGAUAAGCUUAGAAAUCUUAGUUUGUAGUCUUUGAUGUGGAAAAUUUUGAAUUUGAUGAAAUAUACAAGA